AUGUGUUCGCCGGCGGACGACAGCCAAUCGUUGACUUACGAGUCUAUCAUUGAGUCGUUUGUCCGCCAAAAGUCAUUUAAAUGUCAUUACGACGGAUGCGACAAAGGGUUUGUCAAUAAAAGCCAAUUGGAUUCGCAUAUAAGCCGAAGACAUGCCGUCAAAGACAACACACAGUCCGGGGAACCGAUCGACAAAUCAUCUCAUGUCAGACACCAGUCAUUGAGUGCAGCACUCAAUGGUAUACAACAGAUACCAGUCAUCAGUACUUCUGAGACUUCACAGCCGCUGACAAUAACUACAAUCACUACCACUAGUCAUACAUUUCCAUCGAUAACAAGCACUUCCGAUACCAAAGAUCAGUCUCAGAGCUCAACAAUCAGUACAACAUUCCCACACAUAAUAACCACAACUACUACUACUAGUCCUACAGUCCCGACAAUAACCACAACCACUACUACUUUCAGAGCCGACAGUCAAUGGGUGGACAUUAACAAUUCUUCAGCCGAUAUCAAAGGCCAACUGUUGACGCCAUCACUUGAUGUCAUUUGUCAGACUUCAAACGCCACAACAGUUGUGCCAUCACUGCCACAAACAGUGACCACUUUCAGCGCCGACAGCCAAUUGGUGGACAUUACUAGCGAUAAUGAUUCGGACUCUGAUAUCGAACUCAUUGGCAGAGUUCCGGCGCCCAAACGGCCCGCACGUAACCGAUCGGCCGUUGAUAUCAAGCCAUCGCUCAUAGACUCCAUACCUCUGGUGCCGGAAAUAGUCAACAAAGCGCCCUUAGCUGUCAUAACGUUGAUGAGCGCUGGCGAUGAGCUAAUCCGUGACAUCGCGUCCGGUAUACGAGUGGUUAACAAGCGUAAGGCGCCCGUAGAUCCACGACCGGCCCCGAAAACGACCAGAAUAACUGCACCCGACCUAAUCCCAUUGCACCCGUGCCCGUACGUGAGCUGCCGCCAGACAUUUAAGACCCGAUCAUUACUGUCCACACAUAUGCUGUCCGUCCACAACGAGCACUGGAGGGCCGAUCAGAGCUUUCCGUGCGAUAAAUGUCAUCUCAAGUAUAGCACAGGACUCGCCCUCGACAGCCAUCAAGAGUUGGCGCACCCGACAGCCUCACCCGACCUGAUCCCGUGUCCAUACAUUGUCUGUCAUUUGACAUUCACAUCGCAAUCAUUACUGUCCAGUCAUCUACAGUCCGUCCAUUCGAACAAGGGGUGGUCGGCCGGUCAGCCGACGGCCUUGCGGUGCCAUAUAUGCCAACUCAAGUACACGACACUACUGGCCUUCAAUUGGCACCAGGCGUUGACUCACCCGAAGUCCGUGUCUACUCCUGUGCCCACCCCUAAGCCCAUAGUGGAUGAGUGGCACCACUGCUCGUACGCCGGGUGUUACGAGAAAUAUAAGACCCGGUUAUUGGUGUUCAUUCACAUGCAGGACACGCACUCAUACGGCACUGUCAACGCGUGGUCGGCCGGUGAGCGCCCGGCGGAUGGCAUUUAUCUGUGCGAUAAAUGUCAUCUCAAGUACCGGACAGUACUGCACCUGCGGAUGCACCAGGCGUUGGCCCACCCGAUGGCACCCGAGCUCAAUGUGACCAACAAUAACACGGGCUUCACGUGCGAGAAGUGCCACAAGCAUUUCAAUAGGAUUGUGCCGUUUAUGGCCCACGAGUGCAAUGAGCAGUCGCCAGUCGUGCUGCCCCUAAAAGCCAUAUCCAAACCCACGCCAACCUCCGGCCGACACAUACCCUGUGACGCGUGCGGCAAAUUCCAAUCGUUGACUUACGAGUCUAUCAUUGAGUCGUUUGUCCGCCAAAAGUCAUUCAAAUGUCAUUACGACGGAUGCGACAAAGGGUUCGCCACUCAAAGCCGAUUGGAUUCGCAUAUAAGCCGAAGACAUGCCAUCGAUAGCAGCGCACAGUUCGGGGAACCGAUCGGCGGAUCAUCUCAUGUCAGACACCAGUCAUUGAGUGUAGCACUCGAUGGUAUACAACAGAUACCAGUCAUCAAUACUGCUGACACUUCACCGCCGCUGACAAUAACCACAACCACUACUACUUCCAGUGCUGGCAGACAAUCGGUGGACAACACUUGCGAUACUACUUCACCCGAUGGCCACCAACUGAGGCCAACAAACACUACCACUAGUCCUACAUUACCAUUGAUUACAAGCACUUUCGAUACCAAAGAUCAGUCUCAGAGCUCAACAAUCAGUACAACAUUCCCUUCAUUUCCGCACACAAUAACCACAACCACUGCUACUUCCAGUGCCGACAGACAAUGGGUGGACAUUAAGUACAAUAACAAUUCUUCAGCCGAUAUCAAAGGCCAACCGUUGACGCCAUCACUUGAUGUCAUUAAUCAGACUUCAAACGCGACAACAGUUGUGCCAUCACUGCCACAAACAGUGAUCACUUCCAGCGCCGACAGCCAAUUGGUGGACAUUAGUAGCGAUAAUGAUUCGGACUUUGAUAUAGAACUCAUUGGCAGAGUUCCGGCGCCCAAACGGCCCGCACGUAACCGAUCGCCCGUUGAUAUCAAGCCAUCGCUCAUAGACUCCAUACCUUUGGUGCCGGAAAUAGUCAACAAAGAGCCCGAAGCGGUCAUAACUUUGACCGGCGCUGGCAAUGAGCUAAUCCGUGACAUCGCGCCCGGCAUACGGGUGGUCAAGAAGCGUAAGGCGCCCGCAGAUCCACGACUGGCCCCUAAAACUACCAGAACACGUGCACCCGACCUGAUCCCACGGCACCUGUGCCCAUACAUGGGCUGCCUUCAGACAUUUAGGACCAAAUCAUUACUGUCCGCUCAUCAAGCGUUGGCGCACCCGAAGCCCACCACCACUGAGAAACCCUCACCAGACCUGAUGACGUGUCCAUUCAUUGUCUGUCUGCAAACAUUCACAUCGCAAUCAUUACUGUCCACUCAUCUACAGUCUGUCCACUCGAACGAGCAGUGGUCGGCCGGUCAGCCGGCGGUUUUGCUGUGCCAUAUAUGCGGCCUCAAGUAUACGACACUAAUGGCCCUCAACCGGCACCAGGCGUCGGCGCACCCGAAGCCAGUGUCGCCGGUGUCUACCCCUGUGCCCACCCCUAACCCUAUAAUGGAUGAGUACCACCACUGCCCGUACGUCGGCUGUAACGAGAAAUAUAAGACCCGGUUAUUGGUGUUCAUUCACAUGCAGAACACCCACUCGUACGGCACUGUCAACGAGUGGGCGGCCUGUGAUCUCCCGGCGGCCACUUAUAUGUGCGACAAAUGCGAUCUCAAGUACCGGCUAUUACUGCACAUUCGCGUACACCGGGCGUUGGCUCACCCGAUGGCACCCGAGCUCUAUGAAAGUGGCUUCACAUGCGAGAAGUGCCACAAGAGGUUCAAUAGGAUUAUGCCGUUUAUGGUCCACGAGUGCAAUGAGCGCCCGCCACCGGUGCGGCCACUAAAAGCCAAACCUAAACCAAAGCCUAAGCCAAACCUCGGCCGACACAUACCCUGUGACGCGUGCGGCAAAUUGUUUGGCUCCGACUCCGCCCUAGAAAACCAUAAAAAGGAUAAAAAGCAUUGA